AUGGGUAGUUUUGGUUCAGUCUACAAAGGAAUUCUUGAUCAUGGUGAAAAAGUUGUUGCAGUGAAGGUACUAAACCUUCAAUUUCGUGGAGCUUCCAAGAGUUUCGUUGCUGAGUGUGAGGCCUUGAGGCGCAUCAGACAUCGAAAUCUUGUCAAGGUUUUCACAGCAUGUUCAAGUGUUGACUAUAAUGGGAAGACACAUGUGAAAUUGUCCUACCAAAGUCUACUCAAGGCAACUGAUGGGUUCUCUCCAGCAAACAUGAUAGGCAUGGGUAGUUUUGGUUCAGUCUACAAAGGAAUUCUUGAUCACGGUGAAAAAAUUGUUGCAGUGAAGGUACUAAACCUUCAAUUCCGUGGAGCUUUCAAGAGUUUUGUUGCUGAGUGUGAGGCCUUGAGGCGCAUCAGACAUCGAAAUCUUGUCAAGGUUUUCACAGCAUGUUCAAGUGUUGACUAUAAUGGUAAUGAUUUCAAAGCUCUAGUUUACGAGUUCAUGGUCAAUGGUAGCCUAGAGGAUUGGUUACAUACAAAUGAAAAUGAAGAUGAGGUGCAUGUCGAAUCAAGAAAUUUAAACCUCCUACAAAGGUUAAAUAUUGCCAUUGAUGUUGCUUCUGCACUUGAUUAUCUUCACCAUCAUUGCUCGGAACCAAUAGUUCACUGUGAUUUGAAGCCAAGCAAUGUUCUUCUGAAUGAUGAAAUGAUUGGACAUGUAGGCGAUUUUGGGUUAGCUAGAUUCCUUCCAAAAGACACCGAUAAUUCUUCUACAACUCAAUCAAGUUCCAUUGGCUUAAGAGGGUCUGUUGGUUAUGCUGCUCCAGGAAAAUGUAUCUCUUAG